AUGACAUUGAACGUCCGCCAAUUCCUCCAAGCCCUUUCACAGGGACUGGGAUGGACCUAUUUCCUGCUCUGGUCGGUGUCUUUCUACCCACAGCUCAUCCACAACCAACGCCGACGCGCAACAAGCGGCUUCUCCCUUGAUUUCGCUCUUCUUAAUGUGGUCGGCCUAUCCGCUUACACGGUCUUCAAUGGCGGCCUAUUAUUCUCCCCGGUGAUCCGCACCCAAUACGCGCAGCGGCACCCCCAGAGCCCCGAACCACCCGUGCAUCUUAACGAUUUCUUUUAUGCCUUACAUGGGACCAUCAUCUGCUUGCUUAUCUACAGCCAGUUCCAGUGGCCUGUUCUGUGGAAGUUUGAUUCUCAAAAACAGACACAGCGGAAGCCGAGCAGAUUGACGGUGGCCCUGCUCUCAGGAUGUUUUGGUCUGGUCGCAGUCGAAGUCACGGGGCUGUUGUAUUUCCCACAGCUUCAUUCACAACAGUGGCUUGAUGUGUUAUACACAAUUGGAAACAUCAAAGUUUUCCUCACCGCUAUUAAAUACACCCCGCAGGCAUGGAUGAACUAUUGCCACCGGUCGACAAAAGGCUUCUGUAUGAUUGCAGUCCUGAUGGAUUUCACAGGGGGCAUGCUCUCUCUGAUACAAUUAAUUAUCGACACUUCCUUACAAGCAGACUGGUCGGGCGCACAGGGAAAUGCUACCAAGCUUGUGCUUGGGAAUCUUACCAUCUUUUUCGACAUCAUUCUCAUGGUCCAGCAUUACUGUCUGUAUUCGCGCAAGUCAAGGAGCGCCAUAGUGCAGCCGGCUGAGCACGAUCCGCUUUUGAGAACAGAGGACGAUAUCUAG